AUGGCUGCCACGCUGUAUCCUGCGUUGCUUUGGAGCGCAGGUCAGCAGCUGUUCCACACUCCAGCCCAGGAAUAUCUUCCAGUGUCGGCCGGGGACGAUACGGCUCUGAUCUGCCCCCUAGUGGAUAUAUGUUUUAUCCUCCAGUCUGUAGGAUACAAUUUGUUUACUGGAGCACCACAAUACUUAAUUCAGAAGUGUUUGACACAUGUUACGCCUAUAAUAACAAACAUUGCUGUUUGUGUUUUAUCGGCUGCACUUCCUGACUCUCCUGUCUGUCCUCUGUCAGACCUGUCGGACGCCAUCGUGCACUCGAUGCAGCGGAGCCGGCGCCUCCUCUUCGUGCUGAGCCCAGACUUCCUGACAGAGAAGAGCUUCAGCCUCCUGGAGUGUCGCCUGGGUCUGUACCUCCAGCACGGCCACCGGGCCUCCAUCGUGGGCGUCGUCUACUGCUCCAUCAGUAAGCUUCCCUGCGUGGAGGUGGCUCAGCUCCGGCAGGCGGCCGCCACCACUGUGACAUGGCGAGGGAGUCGGUCUGAGCCACGGCGGUCCCGCUUCUGGCUGAGGCUGAGGCUGGCACUUCCCGUCCGGCCGCUCGCUAUGGGCCGGCGGAUGAUCGACAGCACGUCGUCUCACUCGGACCUGGCUGCUCUGGCGCUGCACAGAGCGCAGCGGAUCCAGAAGCAGGAGCAGAAAGACAGAGCCAAUCAGAGCCGCAGAAACAGGCAGGCGCCGCCCAGAGGGAGGGGCAGGGUGCAGAGGGAGCGGUGGUCGCAGCACAGCACCAACUGCUCGGGGUGCGCUGGGUUUACUGGAGGACAGGUCGAGGACAGGGGGGUGGGGCUAACAGUGGAGACACAGAUGCAGCAGGUGUCCCAGGACAAGACGGAGAUUGGGUCGGACCCUGUCCCCACAACAGAACCAAACUCCACACAUGACCCUCACUCAACUCCUAGCCCCGCCCCCGCACCUGGCCCAGCCUCAGACCCGGCCUCGGUCCCGGCCCCUGACUCCACCCAUGACUCCGCCCCCACCACCUGCCAGCCAGACGAUGGCGACGGCAGAUGAUUGGCUCUAGGACUUCUGAGUUUUCGUUAAAAUGAAAAUAGCCCAAACCAAGCCAAAUCAAUUUUAUUUAAUUCAUAGUGUCAAAUUCUAACAGAAGUUAUCCCAGGACAUUUUACAGAUAGACCCAACAACGUCCCCCAAGAGCAUGCAUUUGGUGCAACAACGGCGAGGAAAAACUUCCUUCUCACAGGCAGGAAUGGACGGAACCUGAGAGAGAGAGAGAGAGAGGACACUAAAACCCAGCUGAGCCUCUGACUCGGACAUUUCAGCACUACGAGUACCCGGAUGUGUGGAUCGCGUGACACUAUUCGCACUCAACAGUCACCAUCUUUGCUACGGGACCACCAACGUAUUUUCAAACUUGUGCAAACGCCACCGAGGAAGUUGCAGCGGUUGCGAUUGAAAUUGCAAGAACCAAACUAAACUAUACAAAUGUCAUUUAAACAUGUGUUUUUCAAUAAGUACCACUAGUCAGAUAGUGAGAAAAUAAGUUGGUAUAUGUUUUGCCGUUUUUUUUAGGUCAGUGCAUAGUGACCAUGCUCAAUUUGAGACAACACUACCCUGUCAAAAUGUAUGCAAGUAUCCAAUUUGAGACACAGCAUGACACUAAAACCCAGCUGAGCCUGAAAUCAGACUUUUGAUACUGACUUUAAGUGAUACUGCAUUCAAGUUGCAUUGGAAAGAAGGUCAAACGGACGUAAUGUUGGGUCAGAC